GAACAGCUUUGUGAAUAUAUAGAUUUAUUAUAAUUCAAACGAUUUUAAUCAAACUUAUUUAAAGGUUACAAAUCUAGAAAGCAUAGUUGAACUUGUCUAGAAAGCUGAUCUUCGGGUAUCACCUUUUUUUAUUUUUCUUGUCAAAUACUCGUUUUAACGUUUUCUGCCCUAACAUGAACCUUGUACCGAGUUAAGUUGUUAAAUUUCACGGAUAAGAAUCGUCAAGGAUCGUUUCAAGCGUUGUUCCUCCUCCAUCAAACAGUUCAUUAAACAAACAAAAAAGAAUCGAAGGAGGACCGAGCCAUGACUGAUGGCAGGGAGGAAGGCCGAAACGCCGAUGUUAAACCCGGUUUUAAACGAAAAGGCGACAGCUGAAUUGUCAGUGCUCAACUCAAAAUUGCACGACAAGCUCAAACAAGACAUUACCAGGAUUUACAGUGAUAGUCUAUUUCCUGAUCUCAACUUACUCUUCCAUUCCUGUUGUAUUAAAACUCACAAAGGGCUCCUUGAGACGAGGGCGCCCAAGUUCUACAAAGAAAUCUGCAAUAGAGGAGCAAUUAACAAACAGACUGCUAAGCAAAGGCGGCCGUUUAUCGAUAGACUCACCGUUAGGUUGAUCGAAUCCUUCAUUAGAGAGGUUUAUACGAGGAAUGUAGUUAAGCAUAAAGAGGAUGCGGUUGUUGCACAAAUUAAGAUUGUAAGCAGCUCAGGUAAAGAAGUUGAAAGCCCGGAUUCAGAUGUUUUUGUAACACCGAAAGCUUCGCCUUGUGAGCCCAUCCCUAACACCAGACAGACCGCGUUAACACCGCCAGCCAGCAAACGGAAUGAAUCAAAUAUAGAUGAACUAAUUAAAAGAAAUCAUUAUUAUAAUUUGGUACAUGUGGAAGAGGACCUCUUUAAGGAAUUAGCUGAACAAGAUGCGCUUUCAAAUUCAUUCAGGUCUAUUUUAGAAAAACAAGAACAAGAAAGGACAAAUCCUACUGUUCUAGAUUUUACUAGCACAGUGUGCGAACAGGAACAGAGCGAGUAUAAAGUACAAUCUUUAACCGAAGAAAGGGCUAAGACUCUAAAAAUACUUAAUAAACAACACACGUAUACGAUUGAGAAUGAAAUGAAUGGUGGGAGGGAGACAAAGGAAGAAGAGGUGAGCUUUGAAGCUGUCUCGUCUGGUUAUAUGACAGGCGGGAGUCCGAAGGACACUAGGGAAGAUGUCACGGAAGUCGCUUCUAACGAGGAAAUUCCCCAUGAUGACAGGUCGCCUUCGUCUGCGUCUUCUGAUCAGGGCACCUGGGAUUCUACUUUCCCCACGAAUAAUGACAACACCUUUAUCGAACGGGAAGUCGAAUUGAAAGUUGAACCUUUGAAGACUCAAGCGGAAAGCUUAGCGAACAAGGAUGUACAGGUAACAGGAUCUCAAGAAAAAUUGGUGAAAGGGAAUUAUUUUAUAGAUGCGUCCACUUUAAGAGAUGAGGACGAAACUUAUAUCACUUCAUUUGAUUACAUCCCACCCCAAACAAGUACAAAGCAAAUGGAACCAAAGACUAACGAAAUUAUAGAAGUUUCAAUUGAAAAUUCUACCAAUUAUAUAAAGGCUGAUUUAGAUUUAGGAAAUGAUCAUGAACAAGAAAAUUUUAAAGUUGAAAACAAAUUUGAACAAGAAAUUAGGAUGAAUUUUAAUGAUGUUAGUGAUAAUGGAGAAAUAAAAUACAAAGAAGAGGAUGUUGGAAUACCAGAUGAAGACGAAACUUUAAAAAAUAGGAAAAUAAUCAGAAGGAACACUUUUGAACUCGAUCCUGAUGACGAUAAAUUGGCAAUGCUUAAAGAGGAAUAUGAAAGAGUCAAUGGCUUCAAAAAAACAGAAGAUGUUCAUAAUACCAAUGAUACUAAAGCACAAGAUUUUACUCAAAAUAUUAUGUCGGCUAUGCAGAAAAUAGAAGAAGACCACUCACCUGACUCUCUCAAUUGUGAUUUUCCUUAUGAAUCUUUUUCUGUUGAUGCCCCAAAAGAGGAAUUAGAGCAACAGGCCAAUGAAAAUGUUAAAACAUCGAGCCCUUUGAGGACAGACCAGCCCCAACAGAUACUAUUAAACAUGUCUGGAUUUUCAGAUCUUUCAAACAGUUCAGAACCUAACAGCUCACUUUCCGUAAGUGGAGUUUCUUCAAAGCGAGAAGCUGAGACCACAGAAGAUACAAAUUCAUCUGCUAAAAAUGAUAAAACCGACACAUACCAAGAAAUGUUUCCAAUAAUGCCUUCAAAUACUCAGACACAGAUGUCAGAUUUGUCUGCAAGCUCAGAUUAUUCUUUGACCGCAAGCCCGCUAAUGUCAAGGAGGAGAAACGAAUUUGCACCGAUUCUUUCCGGAGGUUGUGACAUUGUUCCAGAAGUCAAAAAACCCAAACCUCGAUCGUCUAAUUCAAUGAAUACAUCUUGGAUUGUUGACAUGAGCGAUUCUGGAAAAUCACCCCCGGAUUCAGCAAACAAAGUAAAAGAAAAGCAAAGGAAUAGUAAUUCUGGUACAGGUUUUUUUGUCCCACUGGAAGAUCCUUUUCCAUCUAUCGACAGUGUAACUAGUAACAGUUCAGAACGCAGUGACUCAAUGGCUCUAAAGAGGGAGAGAAAUUCUUCAUGCGGUUUCUACAUAGAUCUUAAAAAUGAUUCUGACUCGGAAAACGGCUUGAAAAAGUUUAAGGAACAAGAUACUCCACAACCCGAGAAGAAACUUUUUUCAAUAUUUAUAGAUAUUGGAAAUGGGAAAGACAAUACUCCGCCUAAAAGUAAACCGGGGUCACCAUUUCUACCACACAAGAGAAAGGCACCAAAUUACAUAGAUAGGAUAUCAGCCAAAACUCUUGAUAAAAAAAGUACAUCAACUAGUUCGGAUUCAGGUUUGGACUGUGGUGAACAUCCAGAAAUUACAAAAGGAAAAACAUUGUUUGAUUCCUCAUUGGACCACGGACCGCAGUCCAUUUCUGACAGUUCCACCAAUGACUCAGCUUUUUCAACAAAAAGACAGAGCUUUUUUAUGUUCAUCGAAGCUGAUGAAUCUCCUGUUCCUAGAAGAAGGACGCUCCCUUCUGGAAUGAAGCAUUCUACAAACCGCCAUUCUUGGAACAGUGAAAAAAAGGCUUCUGGAGAAGUCUCUUCUGACCGAGAGCACAAACGGUCCAGCAGCAUAUCUUACGAUGGUAACUUGAGAUUAGAUUUGGACGAGCAGUACAAAUCUGGUCCUGUUUCAAUCGAUGAGCACAGUUCAGGACAUAGAAAAUCCAAAAUGACCUCUUCUUGGCAUUGUCAGGUUAAAGCGAGUAAUGAGCUAUGUAGGAUAAUUCAGAAUGGGGCAAAACAUGAAUUCAGAGAAUGUAAAGCUAGGAAAAGUCUAGAAAACCAUUCAGAUUGUGAAAGUGUAGAUAAGGUGGAAGAUAUGUGUAGCAGUAUAAAGAGCGAAGAACCCUUUACUGAUAUAUCAGGAUCAAGUAAAGAUCGUACUUUCAUUAUUGAUGAUGUUUCAAAAGUGGUCAAUGUCAAUACAAAUGAUCUCGAACUGUCUACACCCAGUCAUGAUAUAAUUAGCGAUCUUUCAAAAGAUGAUACAGAAACAGAUCCAGCCAUAGACAUAAGAUCAAGCGGCUCAAACGAAGAAUUGACACCCAAACAAGAUCACUUCUCGUCACAGCCGCAAAUCGUGGAAGAUACGAAUUCCAAUUCUGUGGGGUUUGUAAAACUCUCGGAUAUGGACAAUCAGCCCGAUCCGAGCAGGAUGUGGAAAAGUCAGGAGGUGAGAAGCUCUAGAAUGACCAGGAGCAUUCCCGAAGGCAACUGGCUAGAGACAAAAAUGAUGGCCAAUUCAGCAUCAAGCCGAUCCCUCAGCAGGCUUUUUCCACACUUAUAUCCAGGAAGAACCUAUGAAGGUGGAAGUGACACAGACUUUUCGAAUCACAGCAGUAUGCAAAGCAGUAUAAACCCAUCACCUCUUGAACUCAGCACUGAAGGGACAGAAGGAUCUUGCGCUUCGGGAGGGCCGUGCUCAAGACUCGGCGAAGAUCUCCUCCGGAUGUUUUUAGAUGAAAUAUCUCCUGAUGUCACUGUCGAUGUCGGCGGUAGGAGGAUCAAAGCUCAUAAGUGCAUUCUUAGUUCUCGUUGCCAGUAUUUUGCUGGCAUGUUGAGCGGCGGUUGGGUGGAAUCUGCAGGCAACGUUAUAUCCCUCCAAGGAUUUUCAUAUAAUGCAGUGCAUUUUGCUCUUUGUCAUAUAUACAGUGGAGCGAGCAAUAUACCUGAAACAAUAAACAUUGUUGAAUUAGCUACACUAGCUGAUAUGCUUUGCCUAGAAGGACUUAAAGAAGUCAUCAUGUACACUUUAAAAGUCAAAUAUUGUCAUUUUUUUCAUAAGCCUUGCAACAGCAACAGUUGUAUUAGUGGUGUUUUAGAAUGUCUUCCAUUAGCCGCAGCCUAUGGGCUCGAUGAAAUAUACAGAAAGUCGUUGCGUUGGAUUACCAAAUAUUUCGUGAGAGUUUGGCCAACCAAGGGAUUCGCCAAUUUGCCUAAAGAACUUCAAGAUAAAUGCUACAAACAGCACAUUGUCCACUUGAGUGCAGAAAAUGUUCUGGAAACUAUAAUGGGAUGUGAAAAACUUGAAGCGACAGUCACAAAUGUGAAAUGGGCUCAAACUGUGAUAAAUAUGAAUUUGAAACUUCAUGAAGCUUCUGUCAAAUACCUUACUCAACAUUUUGCAGAUGUUCUAUCUAGCGAAGCAUUCAUUAGGAUCGGGAAGGAAGAUGUUUGGACAAUGACCAGAUUGGAAGAAACUCUUUUGAGCAUUUCAAGAACUUUAUCGCCUGACCAAUCUUGUCAGUCGUAUAAAAAAAUAAAGAAUCUUCUUGCCAGCAUAAGAAGAGAUGAGGAAAUGGAAAUUAACUGGAGAAUGGAAUUUUUGGAUCUAUUGACCCAAUUAGAAAGCUCAGUAGAAGAUUGUCUAGUAAGGCAAGCUGGACGUGCUGCAAGAACGGCUUCUUGGGCUCAAAUGGAUUUAGCUUUAAGAAAGAAGAUACAAGAAAUGGCUUGCCUUGUUUUUACUCCUGGACCACGUUCUUCUUCAGCUACAAAGUGUUUGGAAGGGCGGAGUCCUCGGUUGGGCGAGAGGAAUACUGCUUCAAGGCCUUCUUCAGAAAGAGGCCAGAGGUCUUUAGGCAACACUCCGAUAUUGGGCCGGAGUAAGGUCCCUCCUCCGUCCUCCACAAAUACAAAAAGGCCGACAACGAGUGUGACCAAAACUGCUCAGCUGGCCGGUCAGCCCAAAGGUCCGACUGUGCGAGGCCCGCAGAGAUCCGCCUCGGUCACGAACGCCUCGGCAGCUAGUUUGCAACAAAACAAAACAUCGGGAGUUCCAAGGCCGAAGAUUUCUUCAAAACUCUCACAUGUAAUUGUCAAAUCACGAUACUUAGAGCCAAAAAGUAAUAAAAAAGAAACUACUGAAACCCCUGUCAGUCAAAUUGCAAGGCCUGUAAGUGGAGUACGGCGAUUGAGCGGGGGCGGAAAAGUGAUUUCUUCUAGCGACUCUUCAAGAACAUCUUCCCCGGCAACGAGUAGAGUUUCUCGGCCUCCGACAAAACCCAAAACGCCCGUUUUAGGUACUGGCUCUAGAAUAGCCAAAAGCAACCCAGGUGGAGGUGACAGUAGUAAAAGGGAAAGUUCCGAUGGCUCUGGUGGUAAUCCUUCUCCUUCUUUAGCGACAAACCAGGUGAAAAGGACCUCUACCUUCAGAGUAGCAACAAAAUCAUCUGCGGCAAAAGCUGCUCAACCAAGGAAUGUCAACCAAAAUUCUGUCAAUAACAGCCAAAGGCAAAUCACACAACCAGGAAGGUCUGGUACAUUUCUCAAAGAUUCACCAACUGUAACUAAACGAAUUCAGUUGAAUAGGCAGCAGUAGAUUUAAUGAAAAAAGCUUAGUAAAAGCAGCUUACAAAAGCAAAACAAUUCAAACUAGUCAAAGUUGCCAUCCUAAAGCUUUUUUCUACCUAAGUGUUAAGGUUAAAAAGAGAGUAAACAUCUUUCAUUUUUGUAACGCGUGCAAUCUUGUUCAUGUUUUUUCUUGUUUUUAUAUUUUGCGUAUGAAUAGAGAUUUGUUAAUAACAGAAUUAAUUAUUUUUAAAGGAGUCAAAACACGAUUUCAAAUUUUUUAUAUUUUUUACAACACAAAAAUUGAGCUGUCAGUAUUUUGAACUAAAUUAUCAAUUUAAGCUAGUGUCUCCCUUUUUUAUGUAUAUGUCCAUUUUCUUAUGAAUGAUAUUUCUUAAUUUACAGACCCCCUACUGCUUAACAGUGCAGUUUGUUUAGAUGUUAUUUUCUCCGUCUUUUUUUUUUUUUUUUUUUUUUUUUUUUUAAACAACUCACUAAUGUUUUUAGAGUAGUUUUACAUUAGUCUUUUUAGACUAUUUAUUAUUAUUAGUGCUUACAUUUUCAUGUUAAUAACAGGGCAAAGUAGUUUUAAAAAAUGAUAUUAAAGAUUACAAAUCCGCUUAUUUUGUUUUAAAAAAAAUCAUAUUUGGGUAAAUUCACAGAUAUGCAAAGGAAUAUUAUGUAUUACUAGUCAAUUAUUAUUAUAUUUUUUUACAUUCCUUUUAUACUUAAAAAUUACUUGCAUUUCUUUUGUAUUUUGUUUACUUUUGUGAUUUUUCUGUGAUUUAUAUAUUUAGCUUUUUUAUCUAUAUUUUUUAUUGCAAAGCAAACUUCAUAUUUUCCAAGCGUUUUUGUUUAUACAAUUAAAAUACCAUCCCACCAUAAAAGGAAAUUUCAAUAAUUGUCAUUUAAUAUAAAGAAAUUAUCAAAAAGGUGAAGAGAAUUUGGUCAGUUCAAGCAGUGAAAUAAGUUGACUUGAUGUGAUUUUACAAUGGCGCCAAAUCGACCAAAUUUAUUUUUGACAAUUCAGUUGAUAAAACAAUUCACCAAAGACUUUUCUAUAUUAAACUGAAUAUUCCAAAAAUACGCUUGAAACAGUAUUUAUAUUAUUGUAUUAGGUUGUAUCAUAAUCAUUUUCAAAUAUAAUUUGGAUACAAGUUUCAACCAAUACAAUAAAAAUUGAAAAAGCAUUGAGACUGAAUUUAUUUAUUUUACUGGUGGUAUUUUAAUUAAUAGUUAUAUUGUUUUGUUAAUGUAAAUAUGCUUUAUCCUUUCUAUGGUUUAUUUUUGUUUUAUUGCUUACAGUGACUAUAAUAAAAGUAUAUUUACACGGAUUUAUUUAUAAAAUUACGUGCAUUACGAUUGAAACACGAAAGAUUGUACAAAACAGAUGGAUAAAUUUUAAAACUUUCAGUGCUUUUGACAUUAUUUGCAAUGCUCAUGUUUUUCUAGGCUGGAUAAAAGAUAUCAAAAGUUAUGCCAUUAGUAGAACCCACCUAAAAACAUCAGUGGCGUAGCAUUAAUAAAACUAUCAAAGUUACCUUUUCUUUCUUUUUUAGUUUGCUCACCUUCGUACUGAGGCAAACUGAAAACUUACGAAAUAAUAAAAAAAAACAUAUAUCCCAUCCUUUUUCAAGAAAUGUAUUAACAAUAGUUUUACAAUGUUGUUAUAUUUAUAUUAUGAACAAAUAAUUAUCAUUAUCAAUGUUGUGCCGAAAUAAAAUACUUACUUAAUA